AUGCUCACGCCAUACGCUCAGAAGCCCAAUUCAGUCUCUAAAUCCGCCUCGAGCAGAACAUCACCCAGUACGCGUUCAGCGCUGCGACAAAUGUCGCCAAACCGGCGGCAUGCAGUUGGGCCUUCAACAGCUGAGCAAGGAGAUAAUGAUACCACUGAUGCGAGUGCGAUAUCGAGUAUGCAGACUUCGAUACCGAUGAAGAUUUUCUCUCUGAUACGCCACUUACACCGGGGUUUAUGGCAGGAACAGGUAGAAUUCCUAAUGAAGACGAAACGAAUACAAGUGAGCUAUGAGCGAACAUAUGACAAAAAAAAUCGGGGCAUCUAUUGGACGGACUUCAUAAGAUUUAGGCCAUCUACACCGACGUCAUAUUACUAG